AUGUUACCCAUGCUGCAUCCGAAUCCGUCCUCGUCCUCCUCCCCCACACCGUCCUGCUCCUCCAGCUCCUCAUCCCAUCAGCCGCCUCUUUCGCUCCACAACCCGCACCAUCACUCCCAUCACAAUCAGCAUAUGCAUCCCGUCCCCGGUGCGCUUUCCUCUCCGACACCGCCCCCGAAGGUGGCGGCCGACAUUGUGUCCGGCCUGUCCCAUCACCUCUCCAUCCUUUCCUCCUCCCCCACGUCUUCCUGUGCGUCGACAACGUUGGGUGCGCUGGCCCAAUCCACCCAUCGUCACCAAUCGCAUCAUCUGUCGCACAAUCUGCACGACCACCAUCACCAUCACUACCUGCACCAUCAUCAGCAGCAGCAGCAGCAGCAACAACAACAGCAGCUCCAUCAACAUCAACAGCAGCAGCAACAGCAGCAGCAUCGUCAUCUUCAUCAUUCGCACGGCUCUCCACGGCAGUCGCCAUUGCACGGAAGCUCGCUACUGUCCGUCGCCGGGAAUUCGCCGCUCGAUCAGCACACCGCUGCGUGCAGCAUCCCGGGCACCCACCAUCCCACACUCACCGCCCAUCCACACACCGGCCAGGAGUCGGCACAGCUUAACUUCCCGCACGCUAACCCCCACGGUCAUCUGUUCCGCUCCACGUACCGUACCCUGUUCCGCCAUCCAGAGACGUUGCCUGCGGCGGCCGCAACCAUCACCUCUUUGCGACCAUCCUCGCCCGCUCAUCAUUCCCCAACAGCUACCGGUCCUCCUCCACCUCCUCCUCCUCCUCCGCCUCCACCGCCACCACCGCCACCUCCAUCUGCUUCCGCCGCGUCGUCUACUGGUCCCAACGAGCAAAGCAAUGACAGUGGGCAGGGUGCCUCACUAGCCUGUCGAGACUGA